AUGAUUGAAGAAAGACCUAGGGCUUGGCAUGACUUACUUCCUGAAACUCUUUGGGCUUACCGAACCUCAAAGCGCUCGGCUACUGGCACGUCUCCUUAUGCCUUGAUCUACGGCCAUGACACUAUUAUUCCAAUGGAGUUAAAGGUUCGAUCUCUCCGAGUUACCGAGCGACCUAGGCAAGAUAAGAAGGACUACGCGCAAGCCAUGGCCCAGGAGUUAGAAGAUUUAGAGCAGUUGAGACUUGAUGCUUACAAUCAGAUGCAAGCUCAAAAGCAAAUCGCGGCAAGGGCGUACAACAAAAGGGUCAAGCAAAAGACUUUUGCCAAAGGCGACCUAGUUUGGAGCGCCGUACUUCCUAUUGGGACUAAAGAUCCGCGGUUCGGCAAGUUUUCGCCGAAUUGGGAGGGGUCGUUUAUUAUUGAACGAAUUCUUGGCCGGGGCGCGUUUCAGUUGAAGGAUAAGGACGAAGAGUGUCAUAACUUGCCAAUUAAUGGUCAAUACUUGGAAAAGUAUACCCCAUCGUCAUGGGAAACGACCAAGAUGGAGGAAUGA